UCGCAGGUCCGGUCAGAGACACCCGCCGUGAGGUGCCGGUCAAACACUCUCGCGCGUCCGCCCGACCCGCCGCACUUCGCUGAGCUCGCAGGUCCAGGGUGCCGGUCAAACACACCCGCCGUCCGUCGUCACGUGACCCGCACAUCGUACGCCAGCCACCAUGCACGGGCUGCACGUGGUGGAUCUGAUCAAGAAGAAGGCGCUCGGUCAGGAACUGAGCCCGAAGGAGAUUCAGUUCUUCGUGACUCAGGUCUCUGAGCGCAAGAUUGACCAGGUGCAGUUAGGUGCCAUGUUGAUGGCCAUCUACACCCACGGCAUGCGCACAGCGGAGGUGACGCAGCUGACGGCGGCCAUGACCCGGUCGGGGCAGGUGCUCGCCUGGCCGGCCGACUGGCUGGUGGUCGACAAGCACAGCACGGGCGGCGUCGGCGAUAAGGUGUCGCUGCCGCUGGCCGCCGCGCUGGCCGCCCGCGGCUUCAAGGUGCCCAUGGUGUCGGGCCGCGGCCUGGGCCACACGGGCGGCACGCUCGACAAGCUGGAGGCGAUCCCAGGGUUCACCGUGAGCAUGACGGCCGAACAGAUGCGCCAGUCUCUGGAGCGCGUGGGCUGCUGCAUCGUGGGCCAGACGCAGGACCUGGUGCCGGCCGACCGCAUUCUGUACGCCAGCCGGGACAUCACGGCCACCGUCGACUCGGCGCCGCUCAUCACCUCGUCCAUCAUCAGCAAGAAGGCGGCAGAGGGGCUGAGGGCGCUGGUGUUGGACGUUAAGUACGGCUCCGGGGCAUUUAUGAAGGAGUUCGACGAGGCGCGUGACACAGCGCAGCUACUGGUAAACACUUCCAAAGGAAUGGGGAUCAGCACCGCCGCCCUGGUCACCAACAUGGACUCGCCCAUCGGGCGGGCGGUCGGUAACGCGCUGGAGGUGGCCGAGUCCAUCGCCUGUCUGCGAGGGGAGGGCGCCCCGGACCUGGUGGAGCUGGUGACCGAGCUGGGAGGCCGGCUGGCCGCGCUCGCCGGCCAAACCUCCCCCGAGGAGGGUUGCCGCCAGAUGGCCACCGCCCUCCACGACGGCUCGGCGCUGGAUAAGUUUCAGCAGAUGCUGGAGAGCCAGGGUGUUAGCCAGCAGAACGCGCAGCAGCUCUGUCGCGGCGACCCGUGGGGUGUGCUGACCAAGGCGGACCACGUCGAGUCCGUGCCGGCCACCGCUACUGGAUACGUCAGCGAUAUCGACGCCAUGACGGUGGCUCAGGUGUGCCUGUCGCUGGGCGCCGGCCGCAAGAAGGCCGCCGACACCGUCGAUCAUCGUGUGGGCGUCACGCUCGCCGUCCGUCCCGGCGAACACGUGCAAGCCGGCCAGGCCUGGGCCCAGAUCCACCACUGUGGAACACUGACGGAACCGAUCCGCCAGCAGCUGUCAGGGGCGCUGACCGUGGUGCCCGACCCGGUCAAACCUGGCCCGCGGGUCACCGGGCUGGUGCAGUGAACGGCGUCUUCCAGCGCGCGGGUCACCGCGCUAGUCCGGGGACCUUGGUCGCCGAUCUGGCUCAGGAGCCCGGGUUAUGACCUGGCGAGGCGCUGGCGCUGGGUGUGUGCUAUGAGGAUGGGUGUGUACAUCGGCUCAGCCCAGGCCCUGGCUGCGGAGAUGGCCGGUCCUCCGGGCGAUGGUCGUCUGGCUGAGGGCAAUAAUUUAGACCAGCCCAGCCGGUAUGCUCGCUGGCUGGCCUCGCUCAGCUGAUGGUCAGAUCUCCACACAAACGGAUGGGUAGGGGCUGUAAACCAGGCGCUUAGCAACUCUGAAUAUUUUACACUGGUGCUGCGCUUUUUUGGGUUGUUUUGUAUUGUUUUUUUUGGGGGGGGGCGUUCUGGCACGAACAUCGUGAGGGCCAGAAACGAACAUAAACACGUGGGCAAAGGUGGGCACGUGGGCAUAACCACGUGGCACGUGCAUAUCGGUUAUGGGGCAUAGGAACGGGUUUGCCAUGGAUGACCUCGGUCAGCCCGUAAACCUUAGCCGCAACCUUCUCUAGCAGCAUCGCGCCGCUGCGCAAGAAUCGCUUAUUGACUUUUCGGGGCUUCCUACGCCCGAUAGGUCGAGCCGAUCACCGAUAGGUCACAACCCGUCCAACUAAGUAAGCAGGUGGGCGGUGACCAUGCAAAAUAGCCCCGGUCCCAAAGGCGACAUUUUCCGUCUGCAUAUUGUCUACGGUUUGUAUACGGGUAAGUGCAUGGCACCAAUCAAAUUAAACCCUCCCCUUGCAUAGGAGGAGCCGUCAGGAUUUUCUUAAGUGGACGGGGAAGGGGGAGCCUGGUCAGUGCGCAUUACGUCAAUUUUUAGAUCACCGUCUGGAAAAAUCUAUGAUAAAAAGCGAUAAAAAUCCAGGCCUGAGGGAAGAGCUGCCUCCCCCUCUUCCCCCCCCCCCCCCCCGUCUCAGCUGUGUCACUGCCGCGUAGGAUGUAGACUCUGCCCACUGAGUAGCAGAAAAAGAACAGCAAAGUGAACGACAUGAGUGGGGUAGGACAUCGACAUUCUGUGCACAUCCAAAUCAAUGUGCAGAUCGCAGGGGAAUACAAGCUUCCAGUGUGUACAAGCAAGCUGCCAACGCCAUUAGCCAGGCUGCCUUCGUAACGCCGCAGGUGUGGCGGUCUUCCUAAUGUCUUUCAAAUAAUCAGUGCCAGCUUGACGUUAACGAUUUUUAAAAGCAUUUUGAACAUCUCCGAGUGAAGAUUUCACGGCAUUUUCAAAAACCUUUUGAACAGGGCUCUGAGAUGAAUAACGCAGCCCGAUGACGGGGUUAGGAGGGAGGGGUUAUGGGCUGGCAGCGGACAGCGACAACUGCAAAAAUCAACUCAAAUAUUAUGCUUUUUCUUGCUUUUCCUGUCAUGAAAUGAAACGCCAUGCGGUGGCCAGCAGAUUACCCCGAAUUAAUGGGGAUCGUGCAAAAUGACUGGAAUGUAGAAGCGAAAAUACAUGUCGACCGCAGAUCA